UACAGCACCAGGCAUGUGCUCUGCCAUGCUUGUACAUGCAAAGCUUUUGAACUGGUUGCUGCUGCUGUUGAGUCUGGUAUGCUGUUCUGCUGCUGCUUCUGUGGAUAAGCCUAACCUCAGCAAAAGUUUCUUGCCUCACUAUGAACCUGAUGGCGGGGAUGCUGUUGGCUCUUCACAAGAUACGAGGCUACAUGUUUUCACAGUGGACUAUGACUACGUACAAAUUCCCUAUGAAGUUACUCUUUGGAUCCUCCUUGCCUCUUUUGCAAAAAUAGGUUUUCAUCUCUAUCACCGAUUACCAAGACUGAUGCCUGAAAGCUGCAUUUUAAUUGCCAUUGGAACACUAGUUGGAGCAAUCAUCUUUGCUUCUGAUCACAAAUCUCCACCGGUAAUGAGUACAAGUAUUUACUUCUUGUAUCUCCUUCCACCCAUUGUCCUGGAGGAGGGUUAUUUCAUGCCAACUCGCCCAUUUUUUGAAAACUUUGGGUCAAUCAUCUGGUGGUCUGUGCUGGGAUCUCUGCUAAACUCAUUUGGGAUUGGCCUCUCCCUCUACGGAAUCUGCCAGAUAGAAGCUUUCGGCUUGACUGACCUGAACCUGCUGCAGAACCUGCUCUUUGGCAGCAUGAUUUCAGCUGUGGAUCCUGUGGCAGCUCUAGUAGUUUUUGAAGAAGCCUCUGUUAAUGAGCCACUUUACAUGAUGAUCUUCGGGGAGUCAUUGCUAAAUGAUGGCAUAACUGUGGUUCUAUACAACAUCUUCAUCGCCUUCACCCAGAUGCACAGGUAUGAAGAAAUCGAAUCCAUCGAUGUCUUCGCUGGCUUCGCUCGCUUCUUCGUGGUGGGGCUGGGUGGCGUCUUGUUUGGCGUUGUCUUUGGAUUUCUUUCGGCACUCAUGACUCGAUUCACUCACAACGUUUCUGCUAUCGAACCCCUGAUGGUCUUCAUGUUCAGCUACCUGUCAUACUUGUCUGCUGAAACCCUUUACAUCUCAGGCAUUUUGGCGAUGACAGCAUGUGCAGUGACAAUGAAAAAAUACGUGGAGGAGAAUGUUUCCCAGAACUCCUAUACCACAAUAAAAUAUUUCAUGAAGAUGCUGAGCAGCGUAAGCGAGACCAUGAUUUUCAUGUUCAUGGGAGUGUCUACAGUGGGGAAAAACCACGAGUGGAACUGGGCCUUCGUUAUCUUCACUCUGCUCUUCUGUCUCAUUUGGCGGACACUGAGUGUGUUUGCUCUCUUCUACAUCAGUAACAAGUUCCGAACAUACCCCUUCACCUUGAAAGACCAACUCAUUAUUUCUUACAGUGGCCUUCGAGGAGCCAGCAGCUUCUCUCUUGCAUUCUUGCUUCCAGUGAAUCUCUUCCCAAGAAAAAAAUUGUUCAUUACUGCCACUCUUGUAGUUAUAUAUUUCACUGUGUUCAUCCAAGGAAUCACAAUUGGACCACUGGUCAGAUAUCUAGAUGUUAGAAAAACCAACAAAAAAGAGUCCAUCAAUGAAGAAAUUCAUGUGCGAUUGAUGGAUCACUUGAAGGCUGGUGUUGAGGACAUAUGUGGACAUUGGAGUCAUUAUCAGCUGAGAGAUAAAUUUAAGAAGUUUGACAAUAAGUAUUUGAAGAAAAUCUUAAUUCGGGAACACCAGCCCAAAUCCAGCAUUGUGUCACUGUACAAAAAGAUGGAGAUAAAACUGGCCAUCGAGUUGGCUGAGGGUGGCAUGAAUAUUUCAGAAUCAUCCACAGCUGCUUUACAGAGCGGCAGAAAUCAGCAGGUGCAUAGGCUCUCCCCCACAGAGGUGAAGCUCAUGAGAGACGUCCUGGCACAUAACCUGUAUCAAGUGCGACAAAGG